ACCUUAUAUGAUUUGUUUAUACGUUUGUUUCAUAGCAUUCGCUUAAUGUUUGAGCUUAAAAAGGAUAAGCUAUUUUCGGUUACGGAUGAGGAAGGAGAUGUCGGUUGCUUGCCUUAAGCCUAAAACGUUUUCACACUUUACCAAUCUCUCAGCAUUCUGUGGAAUUGUGAAGAUGCUACGUAGGAAACGUGAUCGUAAAAAUGCUGCUAAGGAAAAUGAGAUGGCAAUCGACAAGCCACUUGAAGCCAAGAGAACCCCUACCAAGAAUCGGUCACAUCAUGAUCCACCAAUUUCCGUGGUCAUUACGGGUCAUUCCAAAGCUACAGAAGACGAUUUGAUCAGUUUCGUUUGGAGAAAAGCAAAAGUGCGUCUUAUGAACCUCGUUUUUACUCCCGCUUCUGCUACAGCAGUCGUGAAAAGUCAGGAUUUCUCCAAGCUAAACGGCUUGAACGGUACAGCCUUUGCCGGUGAUCGAUUAGCCAUUCGAAGCAUCACUGGUUCUUCUCCAGCUGCUUCUGCAUUGAAAAAAUCAAAGUCAAAGCGAACUCGUCGCUUAGCUACUUCAGGAUCACCGUCUGCCUUGCGCUCUCUCUCUUCUUCAUCUUCUCAGCCUUUGACUCCAUCAAAAGACAACGCCACGUCCAAUCCUUCAUCCACAAAUGAAACUAUUGAAAAAUUAAAGCAAUUUCUUGUUUCUCGUUACCAUUCCGAAACCAAAUUCUUGGACUUAGGAAACUUGCAACAGGACCCUCUUUUAAAACAAAUGGGAAUUUUGGCAGAAGCUUCUACGAAAAGCAAAAUGUUUCCGGCUUUAAUGAAGGUCGCUUCUAUUCAUUUUUCUGAUGUCGUAUCUGUUAAUUUAUCAGAUAACAACAUCGAAUCUGUAGCCUCUGUCACCACUCUCUCCCAAACAUGGCCUCAUUUGUUAAACUUAAGCCUCGCAAAUAAUCGAAUUUCUUCACUCAAAGAUCUGGAACCCUGGGCCCCCAAAACAAAAUUACCGGAUUUGCAAGAGCUGGUACUAGUAGGCAAUCCAAUCUCUCAAACCACAUUUGCAAACCAGUCUCUACAGUAUCAGAUGGAGAUGGUUGCAAGAUUUCCUAAGCUCCGAUUACUUGAUGGAAAUCCAAUUCACCCAGAAGUUUUGGCUGCUCAUACUUCUCUGCCUUUCCCGGCCUUCCCUCCCUUCUUUGACAAACCCGAAACCCAGCAGCUCAUUUAUCCUUUUCUGGAGGCUUUUUUCAAAGGAUGGGAUACCGAUCGUACAGCACUUAUCCAACAAAUAUAUAGCCCUCAAGCCACCUUCUCUGUUUCUCUAAAUUCAAGCAAUAUUCGAUCCAAGGUUGUUCCUUCCAAAUCCGAUUCGCUAAAAUGGGGAAUUUACAAAAAGAAAAGCAGAAACUUGUUACAUGUCCGCUCAAGUGAUGAACAGGCAUCACGGUUGUACGCUGGGCAUGAAGCUAUUGUUGCUGCUGGAAACGCGUUACCCCAAACUCGGCACGAUAUGUCAGAUUCUUCCGAAUGGUUAAUUGAGGGAUGGAACUUGAUGCUUCCUUCUAUCGGCAGUUCCAUAAAAAUUAUUAUACACGGAAAAUUUGAAGAGCCCCAAAAUAAAAACCUCACAAGAAGCUUCGAUCGUGUUAUGAUUAUAUUACCUGGUGGACCAACAGGCGUGUUAGUUAUCAACGAUAUGUUGACUGUCCGCUCCUUCUACUCCGAAUGUGGUCCCCGCGACAACCAACGAUCAGCAGGCUGGUCCUGCUGCAUUGCCCAACCAAGAUAUGCAAGAACAAAUGGUUUUAAAGUUAAAAUUGGAAACGGGAUUAAAUGA